ACAAUUUCCAGCGCCUCGCUCAUUAUCGCAGUGUGUCUGUCAAAUGUUUACAGAAUAUUCAUUAACGGCAAGCGCCCUAAUGAUAACAAGGCCCAAAUGAAGAUACAGUAUCAAUGGUCGAGAUAAGAAUGGCUGUGCUACUAUUUUGGUUGAAACGAGGCUACUGUUUACUCUAGAACAUGGGAGCGGAUCCCAGCUGUAGCAUAGAAGAAGCUCAAUUUCAACAGAUCGUCACCCAAAGUCCAUGUUAAAUACAUAGUGGGAACUAGGAAGGUAAAGUGUGUUGAUUGGGAAGGAUUUGCUCUGAAGAUGCAAUGCUCAAGGCGUUUCUUCUUCCAGAUGUGUCUGAGUUUGCUGGUGUCCACGGGGUCCUGUAGAUGCAAGUCACUGAACGAUGUCCUCCAAAGUGAAGAUCCUGAGGGCUUCACUGAGACUUCCAAGCAGGACUUUGUUGAAAAGGAGGAAAUGGACAGCAGGUUACAUAGCUUUCUGGAAAACAUGAAGGAAGGGUUUCUGAGAGAACUCAACUUAUCAGAUGUGCCACAAGAGCACAGCAAGAUAUACCCACCGCCGUUCAUGAUUGAACUGUACAACAAGUACGCCUCUGACAAGUCCGCGAUGCCUCGUUCUGAUGUCAUUCGCAGCUUCACCGUUCAAGAUGUUAGUCACUCUGCAAAAAAUGGAACAAAGUCAAAACACAGACUGCUGUUCAAUGUAACUGUCCCAAAUCACGAAGAGGUCACCAUGGCGGAACUCAGGCUAUUCACCCUGCUGGAUAAUAGGGCGCCCUCACCCUCAACCUCCUCCAAUCAGAUCGGGGCUUCCAUAAAGGUCUAUGAAGUGGAGUAUAAAGGAAACAAUGUCACAGCCCACUUUGUGAAUGGGAAAGAGGUCGUUGGGGCCCAUCACUCUUGGGAAGCUUUCGAUGUGACCACCGCCAUCCAGAGUUGGGUCAAAUCAGGCCGUGGGGCCAGUGCAUUUGAGGUGGUGGUCGACAGGUGGGACUGUGGGCCUUUCAAAGGCGGAGGUUUUGACGUGAGCGUGGCUGCGGGGGAUAACCAGUCAGCUUCUUUGAUUGUCUUCUCUGAUGACCUGGGGAGCAGGAAGAGAGAGGCCAAGAAGGAGCUGAAGGAGGAGAUAGUCCAUGAAGAAGAGACGGUCUUCUCAGGGAGCGACUGGCAAGGGCCCGACUUCAAUGAGAUCCCCGUGGACCUACACCCCAGGCGGAAGAGGCAGGGGGACACCAGCUACUGCCGACGGACCUCCAUGCGCGUCAAAUUCAAAGAUAUCGGCUGGGACCAGUGGAUCGUAGCGCCCCCUGAGUAUGACGCCUUUGAGUGUAGAGGGGUGUGUUACUACCCCCUGACUGAAGACAUGACCCCUUCUAAACACGCCCUCAUCCAAACCCUGGUCAAUCUCAAGAACCCCAAAAAAGCCAACAUGGCAUGUUGCGUUCCCACAAAACUGGCCCCAAUCCCGGUCAUGUACCAGGAGAAUGGUGUCAUCACCUUGCGACAGAUGUAUGAGGAGAUGAAGGUGGCAGAGUGUGGAUGUAGGUAGUAAGAGGUAACAUCCCCGGUGGUUCCCUUUACCCUUUACUGUAAAUCUGUACAUUCCUGUUGUAAGAUGCUUUUGACUUAUUUUAUUUAGUAUACGCUCAGAAAAUAUAUAAAUAAAACCUGAAAUUCAGUAUUUAUUAACUAUGUAUCAUUAUUGUAAUGGUUUUAGAAAACAAAAGAGAUGAUAAAUUGGAUCUAUUAUGAUGUUAUCAAUUGUUUGAUAUCUAUAACAAAAUUAUCAUAAUCGAAAAGAGUAGAUUUUGAAAGUAUUUUUUGUAACGGCAUUUCUGUAGUGUACGCAAGAGGCGUCACUACAGUACCUGGUUCGAAUCCAGGCUGUAUCACAUCCGGCCGUGAUGGGGAGU